GCCGCGCUGUCCUCCUCCUCCUCCGCGGCGGCGGCGUCCUCCUCUUCCUCCUCGUCGGGCCCGGGCUCGACCAUGGAGACGGGGCUGCUCCCCAACCACAAACUGAAAACCGUUGGCGAAGCCCCCGCCGCACCGCCCCACCAGCAGCACCACCACCACCACCAUGCCCACCACCACCACCACCAUGCCCACCACCUCCACCACCACCACCACGCACUACAGCAGCAGCUAAACCAGUUCCAGCAGCAGCAGCAGCAACAGCAGCAGCAGCAGCAGCAGCAACAGCAGCAACAUCCCAUUUCCAACAACAACAGCCUCGGCGGCGCGGGUGGCGGCGCGGCUCAGCCCGGUCCCGACAUGGAGCAGCCGCAACAUGGAGGCGCCAAGGACAGUGCCGCGGGCAGCCAGGCCGACCCCCCGGGCCAGCCUCUGCUGAGCAAGCCGGGCGACGAGGACGACGCGCCGCCCAAGAUGGGGGAGUCGGCGGGCGGCCGGUUCGAGCACCCGGGCCUGGGCGCCCUGGGCGCGCAGCAGCCGCCGGUCGCCGUGCCCGGGGGCGGCGGCGGCGGUGCUGGGGAGCUCGCGGCGUCCGACUGCGCGGCCCGGGGCCCGGGGGCCUGGGGAGAGGGUCGCGCCGAGGGCCGGGACGCGCGCUGGGAUGGCCGGCCGCCGAGCACCCCCGCCUCGCCACCCCACCCCGGGCGCGGAGCCGCGCGUCCGGAGCCGGGGACUGCGCGGCGAAGAAGCGGUGUGGGCGCCGGGGACCGCUCGGCCGGCUUUUGUAACAAAAUCGGCGCUCCCGGCCGGUACGGUCUGGGGAGGAAUAUUGACUCCGUCUUCUCGGUUAGCGCCAACAAUAAGCUUUAA